CAGCCCACCGCGACCCACCCCUCACUGGAACUCUCGAAUUUGGGACUAAGGAAUCAAAGAAAGAUGAAGCAGGCAUUGAUGGCAGUGAGCAAUGGAGUAAUGGGGCAUGAUCCUGAUUAGGGAGGGACAGCGGCGGGCUCCCCUCUACUCGCAGCCCGGGCAUUUGCUUCCACUAGCGGACGCGAUGGCUCUGCGCUCACCUUUGUCCGCGCGCCGCUCGCUGGGUAGCGCGCGGCCAAUCGCCUUCCGUCGUAGGCGUGUUGCUAUACCAUGAUCUGUCUGUCAUUGGUCAGAUGCCCCAUUCCGUAGGUUGCUGCCCCAGAGCGCAGAGUCCCCGGCUGAAGCGAAAGGUUCCCUCGAAUUUUCAAGUGCAGGCGGGUGACAGCUCGGUUUGGGACAGAUUGUCCUCUUAGUAGGAUCUGACGUGGGCGCGCCCUCCUUGGCAGGCUGUUUUCGGAGGAGCUCAGAGGCCUUCACUUCCUCUAACAAGAACUGACCUCGGUUGGUCGCUGGGUUCGAGUCCCGGGUGCUGUGGCGGGCGAGGUGCGCAGCGGAGUAGGUGAGCGCCGAACAGGUGCGCGGGAGCCUUCGGGGCUGGAAGGUAUUUCAGCUGAACUGUCUAUUCGUCUUCAAGCCAUCAUGAGCCCUAAGAAGCGCAGGUCACAGAAGAUCCCAUUUGAUGAAAAGAGUAAUAUGAAAAUUGAUAACUAUUUUUCUCAGGUCAAUAAAAAAGAACAGAAUAAUUCCAGUAUUUCUCAAAUGAAGACGGGCUCUAGAAAAGGUCCAAAAGAUAUCUCUAACACCCAGGCUCAAGGACCCAAAGACCAGACUGUGCCCCUAAAUAAGACAAUUUAUGUUACCUUGGAUGUAAAUCACAAGAAAAACAAAAAGAUGAAACACGAGCUCACACAUAAUGAGAGGGAUAGCUUAUACGUGGCACUCAACACUCUUAAGGCUGUCAAAGAAGAGAUAGAAACUCAGCAAGGCAAAGAAAUGCUGGUGCGAGGCACAGAAGGAAUUGAAGGAUAUAUAAACCUGGGAAUGCCUCUCAGUUGUUUUCCGGAAAACUGUCACGUGGUACUUACAUUUGCCCAAAGUAAGCAGAAAGAAGAGAACCAGGUAUUUGGCCGGCAUGACGAGGUAUCUACUGACUGUGUCAAAUUUUAUAUUCAUGCAAUUGGGAAGAGGAAAAAAAGGAUUGUCAAACGCGGGGAACUUCACAAAGAAGGGUGCAAACUCUGCAUCUAUGCUUUCAAAGGAGAAACCAUCAAGGAUGCUCUGUGCAAGGAUGGCAGGUUUCUUUCCUGUCUGGAGAAUGAUGAUUGGAAACUCAUUAGAAACUUGGACUCCAUUUUAGAAAACACACAGCCUGUUGAUGACUUAGAAGGCAAGCUCUUUCAGAUCGAGGUUGAAAAAAGAAGGGGCUCCAGGGCAGCAGCAGCUCUGAAUCCUGAGUUAGAGGAAAUAAACAUUUGUGUGUUGAGUGAAGAAAUUGUGGACCAGUACCCCAGUUUGAAAAGAGAACGUGAAAAAAUCAGAGAAAAUUUUGAGAAAGAAAUGAAAAAAAUAAAGGGGAAAACUUCAUUAUUUAAAUUGCAUAAAACAAACUUUGGGAAACUGACAAAAAACUCUACUCUGGUUAAAGUACACAAACUUCUUUCUCAUCUCAGUAACUCAAUUGGGUACAUAUCCUGGGACAACAAUGGAAAUAUGGGUUCUGCCACCUGCUUUGUUUUUAGAGGGUUGUUCAUUUUCACUUGUCGACAUGUAAUAAAUAACAUUGUGGGACAAGGUAUAGAGCCAAGUAAGUGGGCAGACAUAGUUGGUCAGUGUGUGAGAGUGACAUUUGGUUAUGAAGGGCUCCCAGAAAAAGAAGAGAAUUGCUUUUUUGUUGAACCUUGGUUUGAGAUAUCUGAUGAAACUCUUGAUUAUGCUGUUCUGAAACUGAAGGAAAAUGGACAGAAAGUACCUUCGGGACUGUAUAAUGGAAUUUCUCCCGCACCUCUUAGUGGGCUGCUGUAUAUUAUUGGCCACCCAAAUGGAGAGGCAAAGUCUACUGAUGCAUGUGCUGUGAUCCCUCAAGGUCAGCGAGUAGAGAAAUGUCAGGAAAAUCUUCAGGCUAGAGAAGCACAGGGUUGUGAUUAUGCUAGGGAGUGGAUCCAUAUGUUCACUCAAAGUAGUUUCCAGGAAGUAGUUAACAACUGUGAUGUGAUUACCUAUGAGACCUCUUUUUUUUGGGGGUCUUCUGGCUCCCCAGUGUUUGAUUCAAAAGGUUCAUUGGUGGCCAUGCAUACUGCUGGCUUCCCUUAUUUGUACCCAAACACAGUUCCCACUAUCAUUGAGUUUGGCCCUACUCUCAAAUCCAUCCUCCUUGAUAUUAAGCAAAAUCAUGGAGCAUGGUAUGAAGAACUAUGUAUAAAUCAGCAAGAUGUAGAAAUGAUGAGUGAUGAGGAUUGAGGACAGUGAGAAUUUGGUCUGUUUACUAGUUUUAAGCGGAUUACCUGUGGAGUUGCUAUUCCGUAGGCAAUGAUGAUAGUUUUCUAAAUUCCAAAUGGUCAGUUUCGUCAACAGUAAUAAUAAUUAGUGCCAGCUCUGAUGGCCUAGUGGUUAAAGUUUGCCACUCUGACCACUUCAGCAGCCAGGGUUCAUUUCCUGGUCACAGAACCACAUUACCUGUCUGUCAG